UGAACUCUCCCGGGUGAGAUACCGGCAGAGCAGCGCAGUUGCAGAGAAAUAUCGAAGAAAUCGACUUAUAACUCAGUAACACUCUGCGUUUUUUUCCAGAUCAGAAGCACACGUUGUUCAUACAUUGUUACAACCGCCCGUAAUUGCUCGCGGUAAAUGUGGACUCUUUAGUAAAGCUGAAAGCGCGCGAGGGAAGGCAACUAAUUGUCUAAACGGGGCUUGAAGUUGCCUCCCCAGCGGCGCUUUAAAGGGAAGGCGCAGCCCGGAUCCUCCUUAUAACGGUGAAAAUGGACUAUGAUUUCAAAGAGAAGCUCACCGGGGAGAGAGAAAGAGUCGAGGAUCUCUUUGAGUACGAGGGAUGUAAAGUUGGACGGGGGACAUAUGGCCAUGUGUACAAAGCCAAAAGGAAAGAUGGGAAGGAUGAUAAAGACUAUGCUCUGAAGCAAAUUGAAGGCACAGGAAUCUCUAUGUCUGCCUGCAGAGAGAUAGCACUGCUGCGAGAACUAAAGCACCCCAAUGUGAUCUCACUGCAGAAGGUUUUCCUGUCACAUGCCGACCGCAAAGUGUGGCUUCUCUUUGACUACGCUGAACAUGACCUCUGGCACAUCAUCAAGUUCCACAGAGCCUCCAAGGCCAAUAAGAAGCCUCUUCAGCUGCCGCGUGGGAUGGUUAAGUCUUUGCUCUACCAGAUCCUGGACGGCAUCCACUAUUUGCAUGCCAACUGGGUCCUGCACAGGGACCUGAAACCUGCCAACAUUUUGGUAAUGGGAGAAGGUCCUGAAAGGGGACGUGUAAAGAUAGCGGAUAUGGGUUUUGCACGGCUCUUCAAUUCACCGCUGAAGCCUUUAGCAGAUCUGGACCCUGUAGUUGUUACGUUCUGGUAUAGAGCACCAGAGCUUCUGCUGGGAGCCAGGCAUUACACCAAAGCCAUCGAUAUCUGGGCAAUUGGCUGUAUCUUUGCCGAGCUUUUGACCUCAGAGCCUAUCUUCCACUGUAGACAGGAGGAUAUUAAGACCAGUAAUCCUUACCAUCACGACCAGCUGGACCGCAUCUUUAAUGUCAUGGGCUUUCCUGCAGACAAAGACUGGGAGGACAUUAAGAAGAUGCCAGAACACUCUACAUUGAUGAAAGACUUUAGGAGGAAUACGUACACUACCUGCAGCCUUAUAAAGUAUAUGGAGAAACAUAAAGUCAAACCUGACAGCAAAGCAUUCCACUUGCUGCAAAAGCUGCUCACUAUGGACCCAAUCCGCCGAAUAACGUCUGAGCAGGCCAUGCAAGACCCGUACUUCCUAGAGGAGCCUUUACCCACGUCAGAUGUAUUUGCUGGUUGCCAGAUUCCUUAUCCCAAACGAGAAUUCCUGACAGAAGAGGAGCCAGAAGAUAAGGCUGAUAAAGUGAGAAAUAAAAACCAGCAGCAACAGCAGCAGGGGAACAACCACACCAAUGGGGCGGGGCACACAGGUAACCCAGACAACAGCCACGCACAAGGCCCGCCUCUGAAGAAGGUGAGAGUGGUCCCGCCCACUACUACCUCAAGUGGCCUGAUCAUGACCUCAGAUUACCAGCGCUCCAAUCCACAUGCUGCCUACCAGAACCCAGGACCAAGCACAUCAUUGCCCCAAAGCAGCAUGGGAUACUCCUCUACCUCCCAGCAGCCUCCACAGUACUCACACCAGACCCAUCGCUACUGAGUCAGGCCACGCCCCCCUCACAUUGACCACUAGGGGUAAUGCACUUAGAGAGGUGGGCGUGGACCUGGUUCGAACCACCCUCAUACCCCACUUGGCACUUGAUGUUCAGCAUUUCCAUAGAGACACAACAGGAACAAUAACCGUACAUGAAGCUAACUAACCUAACAACGCAUCAGUAUCAUACAGCUGACAGUAUCCUCAGCUGAGAAAGAAAAAUGAAACCGAAGUGAAAACAAUCCUAAAGACUGAGGAAAACAGAUGUGUGUUUCAUUUGUGAUAGUUCAAGUCUUCACUGCAAGUCUGUGAUCCUUCACAUAAAAAAAAAGACAAAAUACACAAAGCAACAAUCUUUCUCAAUAUGUGGUACUGAUCAGCUGCACACUGUAGUAAGACUGGUUUGGUUUGAGUUGAAUAUCUACCAUGCCAACUAGUUUCUGAAGCCCCAGUCCUUCUAGCCCUCAGUUUGAAAGAACUUUGGCCUCUCCAAGACUAAAGCUGCUAUGUGACUGCCAGCAAAGACAGAAUGACUUGCUUUUACUCUGUCUAUCUUUCCGUCUACCCUUACACACACUCGGAUACAUUCAAGCACUCACUCUCAGCCCAUUGCUGGAGAAUGAAUUCUCUGUGCUGGAGCUGCUGACUGAAGCGUUAUGAGAACCUCUAGUGCCCCCUGCUGGAUUAUACUGGUAGUAUGCUAUAUAAAAUAAAAUAAAAAAUACAGUAAACUUGAUUUUAGAAGUUUAAUAAUUUAAUGUUUUGGUUUUACAUUAGGAGAGGUCAGCAACUUCCAUUUUGUUGUCAGACCGGCUGUUAUGUGUGAAAGAUCAGCCUUGGAAUUUCAUGACAAAACUAGUUGUGUGGACAGCAGAUUGAACAUGCAUUGUACUGUAUUGUUAUGAAAUAUUUUACAUGAAACAAAUAAAAGUGUAAGCCUUUAAAAAGAUAAAGUGUGUGAGAGAGUGUGAGAUUGACUGAUUGAUUGCAGUACCAGGAACAAUAAUAACUAAAACUUGCAAUGCACCUUUAGUUUAUAACUGAAUUUUAAAAUGUUAUUUUGAGCAGUUGUUUAGGUAUUUUUCUGUUGCUAUUAUGGCUGGGUUAUCUUUGAUCGUCUAAUUUAAAUGAAUGACAUUUAAGAUCUAUGAAAAUACUGCAUUUGGAGUACAUUAAUGUACAGUAUGUGAAGCUGUACUAUAUUACAUGUAGAUUUUUGA